AUGGCCAUAGUGCUUCUGCUAUAUACCAUCUUGGACGCAGAGGCAAGGCGAUCGUGGAUGGUUGUCAGCUCAAGCUUCAGGACAAGACCAACAAACCCUUUCACGACAGAAGAGCUCGAGACACCCAUCGACAUUACAGAUUGGGGUGAGAUGGGCAGUCAGGUCAAGCUGCUGUCACAAUGGGCACACAUGCUCAUGAAGCACCCGUUCGCAGACAAACCCGCUUUCCACAGCGUCUUGCUGUCGCGGUUUCCGUUUCUCGCAGGUAGCAAUGAAUCCAUAUACACACCUUGGCCUUUACCGAUGAUUGAAAACUCGACUUUGCAAACUGGCAUCGUCACAUGUGUUGGAUCCAGGAACUUCCGCAUGGCAGGUCAUCUCAUCACCAGUCUACGUCGAGUACACCAUUCCCGGAUACCGAUCGAAAUCGCCUAUGCAGGAGAUGAGGACUUGGAUCCCGACAAGCGGGCUUUCCUACAGACUCUGGAUCCAGGAACAUCAUUCAUCGACCUCCUCGACGCCUUCCCCAGCGCACGCCAUGACCUGGUCAAUAGCGGUUGGGCUAUGAAGCCCUUUGCUCUUCUGGCGUCCUCACACCAACAAGCCAUUCUCGUUGACGCAGACGCCGUUUUCCUCACGAGCCCCGACUCCAUCUUCGAGACAAACACUGGUCUCGUACGCACUGGAACCCUCUUCUUCCAUGAUCGCGCUGCUGGAGGCGGAAAUGGCCAACGUCGGCUAUGGCUAAGACAACAGAUACGAGCUGCGGGCAUUCCGCCUUCCUCUCGUCUUGUUGUGGAUUCACUGUUCUACAGGGGUUCCGCGUGGUAUGAAGCAGACAGUGGCGUCGUCGCCCUUGACAAGUCCCGCCCAUCUGUUCUUCUCGGGCUGCUGUUUGCCACGUGGAUGAAUACCAAGAACGUCCGGGACGAAGUGACCUACCACGUUUUCCACGGGGACAAGGAGACAUUCUGGAUCGCCAUGGAACUCAGUAGAGUUGAGUACUUCUUCCAGCCAUGGUACGCAGGAGCCAUGGGAACCAUCACAGAAGAAGAAGAAAAGCCAUCUUCUGAAUUGGAUUUCGAUGCAGACAGAGUGGAGAUCUGUGGAACGCACAUGCUACAUUUGGACCACUCGGGCAAAACACCAUUCUAG